AUGCAGAUGUGCAGACUGUACUCCCUAUUUAAAUUAAUGAUGGCAACCAUAUUGGCACUCACCAUCGAUUGCGUGAGAUGUGAACUGACCAAUUGGAUGUUGGCAGUGUUAUUUCAUUCUAUUAUAGCCUAUGUGUAUCAUACUUACAUGAGGAUUAUCUUAAAUAAUAUAUAAAUUGUACUGUAAAUAGCGGAAAGACUAAACCAUUUGAUCUAAGUAGAAGAGGUCGAAACAAAUGAAUAAUCGAAUUGUCAAUAUUUGAUACAUGAAGAUUUGGAUCCAUACUUGUAUCUGAAUUAGGAAGAGAUGGAUAGGAAGUAGAAGAUCUUGGCAGUGUAGAUUAGAUACGAAGUUGUAUCUAGAUAUUAAUCAUUGCGAAUUUUGAGUAUCAUAACAUUUUGGGUUACUCAGAUAUUAGUAGUUUGGGCUAUAAGGUUGUAGAUGCAGAAUCCAGAAGAUCCUGAAUCGUAUGAUACAUGUCUUAGAUAUGCAAAUACAUUCCAAUUGGCCUUUGUGUUCUUGACAAUCUAUCAAUAUUUGGACGUGUACAUUUUAAGUCUAUUAAUUGUAAUUGCUUUGCCCUUCUUGAUACCAGUUAGGUUGUGGCAUUAAUUCAAGGAAAAAAAGUAAAACUAUGACAAUCAGUAAUCUCUUAAGGAACUGAAGAAGACAUGCAUUAUGCUUUAUCACUUCAAGAAUAUUUAAGGAGAUUAAGAGUGUGGCAUAUGUAUGCAUAGUUAUGUCACUGAUGAAAAACUUCUUGUACUCCCAUGCGAUCCGAAACAUCAUUUUCAUUUGUAAUGCAUCCAAGCAUGGUUGCUCAUCAAUUCCACUUGUCCAAAAUGCAGAGCAAGCUUUCUCAAAUUUAACUAAUAGCAGUAAUAAUAAUGA